GCUGCUGAAGGUUCGUCUGUGUCCAGGAUUUACGCAUAGCGACUAAUCCUCCGUUUCGGGUUACGGGCGCAUUGGAUUUGUGUCGCAGAGCCGAGACGCAGAGAGCGCAUCUGCUGGAAUAUUAUUUCAUCCAUCGGGGAAAUCAGCUCCUUUCUCCCUCCCCCAUAAGCGUGUCAAUGGAGUUUCAGUUGCAGUCGUGACUGCUGUCCACCGCCUCUCAUUCUGCAGAAGAAUCUGCGGUUGAGUUGCCGCAGCAUCCAUACCACGGCAGCAAACAUGGGCACCGUCCUCUCUAUAUCCCCCGCGUCUAAAAAGGCGUCCAUCAUGGAUGCCAAGGUCGCAGGAGAGGGGCUCAAGAACGACAAGAGCUUGAAGCGCCACUCGAUGUUCGUGUCUUUGUCCUGGAAGAAGCUGGUGGCCAAUUCGGCAAAGAAGAGCGCCAAGAAAGUCACCCCGAACCCGCUGCCCACCCGCGAACUCGCGUCCAGCCAAGUGGCGCAGCUCAACGGCGAAAACAUCAGAAAGACGCACCAAACCGAGGAGAGGAAACCAAAGGCGCCCAUCCCGGUCCCGGUGCCCACGGUCCCCACGCAGAAGAGCGACGGCGUGGUCCAAAACGGGAGAUUGUCCUCGGUGCAGCGACAACCCAGCAGUUUUUCUCUGCUGUCCCCCAGGCGCAUCGUCAUCCAGGCGUCCACCGGGGAGCUGCUCCGCUGUUUGGGGGACUUCUUGUGCCGCAGGUGUUACAAGCUGAAAGAGUUAAACAGCGCGGAGGUGAUCCUCUGGUUCCGAAACAUCGACCGGACUCUUUUGCUGCAGGGCUGGCAGGACAUCGGCUUCAUCACGCCAGCCAACGUCGUGUUUGUGUACCUGCUGUGCCAAGACGCGGUCACGGACAGCAUCAACAGCCCGGCCGAGCUGCAGGGCACCUUCCAGACUUGCCUCUACCUCUCUUACUCCUACAUGGGCAACGAGAUCUCCUACCCGCUCAAACCCUUCAUCAUCGACUCCAACAAAGACGUUUUUUGGGAGACGUCGCUCCGGAUCAUCGAGCGGAUGAGUGCCAAAAUGUUGCAGCUGAAUGCAGACCCGCACUUUUUCACCGAGGUGUUCCAGGACCUGAAGAACCAGCGCGAGUCUAGCGAGUCCAACCUGGACCGCUGACGCUGAAACCAACCGGACGCGUUUAUUUUGGAGAUUAAUGUAUAACCGGCGUGGUGUGGAGUGGAGUGGAGUGGAAAGGCCAUCGCUGAGGACCUCUCUGAGCUGAAAUUGUCUCGUCAUUAUGUUACACAUCUUCAAUAUGGUGUUUAGGUUACAGUAAUCAUGCAUGCCUAUUGUAUAUUGCUCUCUUUUCUCUUGAUCAAAGGAUUAACAAGCUCUAAGAGACUCUCGGCUCCAUUUUUGUACAGGACUAGCCUAAGGUGAAUGAAUGCGGGGAGGUAAGGUCUGAGCCAGGACCAGAAUAGGUCUGUGAGCGGAGUUAUGGAGGCGGAGCUGUCCAAGGUGCUGACCUGUGCAGCCAUUUCUGCUUGGGAGACGCUGGGAGUUCUUUUUCCACACCUGGGCCAAGCAGGGCUUAAAGGUACACUUUCAGCACGUAAGCCUAAGCCUUGUUAGUAGUUCAUUGUGCUUUUUAAACAUCUCAUCAGCUGAUAGAUAAGCUGCUGGACGUGAAACAGAAACAAGAAGCAUCUGAGAGAGAAAAACAACAACACGAUUGUACACAUUAGUGUUUGGGCAACAAACACGCUUUUCAUUUGUGAAUUUUGACUCAUGGGUGGUGUUUUUUUUCAGCUUUAAGCUUCUGUUGAGAAAUUUAAAGGCAAGUUAUGAUUUUUACAACAAUACUAUUAUAUUACACUGUAAGAAAGAAAGUGUUGCAUUUACCCAAGUUAUGUCAACUGGAUUCACCAAAACCAGUUAUUUAAAUUAGAAUUACGAAUCCAUGUUUACUUUUGAUGCAAUAACUUAUAACCACUAGGUGAUGUGAAAACAAGUCUCUAUCACUCUUUGGAAAGAAAAAGAACUAAAAAGGGGAAUUUUAUAACCACUAGGUUAACCAGUUGGCAUAACUCGGUUAACUAAAUUCAGCAUUUUCCUUCUUAUACAGAGUAGUAUGAAGUUGGGUCUGUUUGGGGUUUAACCUGAAAAAGAGGAGCAGAAUUAGAUUAUUUACACGUCGGCUGCCCACUGAAUCAACUGGAAACUGAACUGGAUGUACAGUUUUCAUCAAUAUGUGCCAACUGUAAGAAAAACAAAAAGGCCUGAAACAUUUUGGUUUACAUGUACAUAUCCCACAGUUUUUUUAAAUGUCUGAUUUAAGAAUAGCGAUUUCUGAUUGUUGUUUGAGCGUCACAAACAAAAUACAGCCUCACGGUCAAGUACAUUCACGCCCUCUUUUACAAGAUACGAUCUGAGCCUCAGUUUCAUUCACUUUGUUCAGAAUUCCAAAACAGAAAAUGUAAAAAAAUAGAUAAACAGAUUCCUGUCAUUUGCACAUGUCAUUGCAGUGUCUAUAAGCUAAAAGGGAUCUGACUGACUUUCAAACCAAAUUUAACAGAUAAAUAAUCUUAUGGAGUCCUUGUGGUGAAUCUGUUGACUGGAAAGAGAAUAACGACGCUGCUAUUUUGCACAGUUUUGAACAAAUGUGGAUGUAUUUUGCACAGUGGUAUAAACCGACGGUGAUGUGCCGGCGUUUCCUCUCAGGCGCUGGAAUGCUUUGCCAUUAGGUUUGCAGUAACCAGCUCUCGCUUUAGAAUGAUCGUCUGUGACAUGAAAACUUUUGUACAGCUCAUGUAUUUCUCUCUGAAUGUCACGUUGAAGGUGAUGUGUCGUCUGUGAUGUCACACCACUGCUGCAUUCACUUCAAAGAUCAUAACUGUUUAAGGUAUCAUUGUGAAAUAAAUCCAAACGUACUUAGGAUUUUUUUUCUGUCUUGCCCUCAUUUGUUCAUUUAAAUAAAGUUUUCAGGUUCAAAUCUAA